GUGGGCGUGGUUAGUGGAACCAGGAAGUGAAUCCAGAAAGCUGCAGGUUGCUGGCUCUGCCUGAGGAUCAGACAUGGAGAACAGGGGGCUCUCUGCAGGGGCCAGUGGGUCCCACUGGGAAGAUGAGGACGAUGAUGAUGAAGAAGAGGAAGAUGUGCUUCCAGUUCCCCCACCUCAAACAGAAACCAGUUCUGGCUGGAGGAAUUUGUCAGCUUUCUGGUUACUCGGUUUGUGCAAUAACUUUGCCUACGUGGUCAUGCUCAGUGCGGCUCACGACAUUCUCAGGACGGAGACCAAUGAGACCUCCACGCUCAAUAUUUCCAGAUCUAACAACAGCCGGUAUGACUGUAAUGAAAUCUCCACCGCGGCCGUACUUCUAGCGGAUAUUUUACCCACAUUGAUUAUCAAGUUCUCGGCUCCGCUGUACAUCCACCGGAUUCCGUACAAUUACAGGGUGUCUCUGUGCAUUCUCACAGCUGCAGCAAGUUUUCUCAUUGUCUCCUAUUCCACACAAAUCUCUGUGAGCCUUCUCGGUGUCGUUUUUGCCAGUGUAUCUUCAGGAUUGGGGGAGAUAACUUUCCUCAGCCUCACUGCUUUCUUCCAAAGUGAUGUGGUCUCAUACUGGUCCUCUGGCACUGGGGGAGCUGGCAUCUUGGGUUCCCUCUCCUAUUUGGGACUAACGUUGGCUGGUCUGUCUGCUCGGAACUCUCUCCUUGUUAUGCUCGUGAUACCAGCUUUACUCCUCAUUAGUUACUUUUUCCUGAUGCGCCCCCCAUCCUCGCUUCCCCGAUGGAUUUUCCCAAAAGCUGCAGAGACAAGUGUCACGGAUCGACAGCCUCUUAUACAGGCAUCAGCCUCUACAGUGACAGAUCCUGAUUUGACAACUUCACAGAAAUGGAAGAUUAUACCAUCCCUGCUGAAAUACAUGAUCCCGCUGGCGAUUGUAUACUUUGCUGAAUAUUUUAUCAACCAGGGGCUGUAUGAACUCAUAUAUUUUCCAGACGUUUCCAUGAGUCACUCUGAGCAGUAUCGAUGGUAUCAGAUGCUGUACCAGGCAGGAGUGUUUGUGUCUCGCUCGUCCCUUCGCUGUGUGACUAUCAGAAGGAUCUGGAUUCUGUCCCUCCUCCAGUGUGCGCUGGCUAUUUUCCUGCUCUUUGGGAUUGCGUACCUCUUCCUACCCAGCUUUGGGCUGCCCGUUAUUUUCCUGAUAAUAAUAUUUGAAGGUUUGCUGGGGGGAGCUGCGUAUGUUAACUCAUUCAACAAUAUUGCGGUCAAUAGCAAGCCUGAGCACAAAGAGUUUUCUAUGGGUGUUGCCUGUGUGUCUGACACUCUGGGGAUAUCCCUGUCUGGGGCGAUCGCCAUCCCAGUCCAUAACUACUUCUGCAGUCUGCCAUGAGAAAAGGAUUCUGGGUCCAAAUUUCUAUAUUGCACGUCUACUCCAGGAGGAGAGCACAAAUCAUUGUAUGAAGGAAAUGGUCCGAGUACCUGGAAGCCAUCUAAAUUGACUUCACUUCCCAUGCCUGCACUCAGAUCAAUAACUGAUCAAUUGAUCAAUCCAGAAUAAUGAGGAUUUUCUAUGUCGUCUUUUUUUUUUAAUUUCACUAGAAAUGUUACAUUUUCUUAUCAACAUCUUGACCAACUCGGAUUAAAAGCUGCAGUGCCUGAUUGUAAUAGAUCUUCCCAAUUCACAGAUAUCUGGAUUUAUUAGGUAAUUGCUGAAAAAAGUAUUUAAAUGUAUUCUGUUUAAAACACUA